AUGUCUCCAUAUGAAGAGUCACUUUUCUAUAUGAAUAAGUAUACUUUAACAGGAAAUCUUUUGUUUAAACUAGGAUACUCUAGUAAAACCAGAAAGACGUUGAUUACGACACCUUUGAAUUACGUGGGCAUUCCACCUCAAAAUUACUUUACACAACAUUAUAUUGAAUCAACUAUACAGAAUGUCCCAGCGCAACCUUCUAACACAGCUUUCCUGACUAUACGUAUUAGUCCGCAUAACUUUAUUACAGAAGAGGAACAAGAACAAAGGCACAGUACUUUGAUAACCGCAUUAGGAACCAUAGCCGCAUACUACAGUACUAUUGUAUUCAUUUAUGUCUUUUUAUUUGGGGUUGAAUCCAUGAAACCAUGGGGUUUUAUACACACCGGAUGCUGCGGAUUCAGAAGGGAGACCAAAGUUAGCCUCAUACCAAUUUUGGAGUCUGUCACGAAAGAACAACUCGAGAAUUCUAAGAGUUCUGCAGUGACCGAAACUCCUACAGAACCCGGGAGUUCUACAGCACCUGAGAUACUCUCGGAAAGAAUUAGAGAAUUGGAAAGUUUUAGAAUAUUUAUUGAAGAUUUUGUUGUUGAUACUUCAUUAUUAGAAUCCGUUAAAAAGGAGCAAAAAAGGCGUCAACAACAACUGGAGGAACAGCCGCCACGGGAAGAAGU